UAUAAUCUCAUUUCGCCCCUUCUAUAGUAGGCAUUCACAUUCUCAUUAUCAAAUCCGUCCGUUAAUUUUGCGUUUUCUUUUUGGGAAGAAACUGAAAUUCGCGCAUCCAAACAUCUUGCCACUUUUGGACUUAUAUAUUUAGCAAACAAAACAAAAUCUAGUACAAUGUAUAGAACAUAAUAUAUGCCUCCUCUACCAAAAUAAGAUCUUCUAGAACACGAAGAACCAAUGAAAAUCCAAUAAAAUAUCAAGUUAGUUGUCGUAAAUGGUUCUAUGGAUUAGUCUCCCAUUAAAUACGUUAAUGAUUCAUCAGUUUGAAUUUACACCCAUCCACUAUCAUAAUUACUUACUUCAAAGGAUUUCCCUUAAUUAAUUACUCCAUCAGUUUCAUGUUAGUUACUCGUGAUCAGUUUAUGUUCCUUUUAAUUAAUAUAAUGAGUAAAUAUUAUUCUCUAUGUAUCCAGGAUUUGAAUUUUUUCAAUCUUCUUAAUUACUAGUACCUCGGAAGUAAGUUACAAGUUCAUUAAAAUUGCAAUAUUUAUAGGUCAUGAAAUCUUCACAUACCAUUACCAAAGAAUUUACUAUGUCAAGAGGAAACACAAAAACUAACGUUGUUCUAAUUUGCUUCAUUUCGCUUGUUGUAUUUUCAUGUUUUGUCGAUUUUGCUAACGCCGCAAAGUACAUAAAAUUUCCACCACUUCUAAAUGUUGGGACCGAAGAACAAAAAAGAUUCCAGCAAAUCCUUAUACCAGAGGUUGCAGUGCUUUACUCUGCAAAGGUUCCAGACAACAAGAAAUAUAUAAAGUUUCCACCAAAUCUACAUGUUGGAGACGAAAAAACAAAAACUCCAGCUAACCAUUAUCACAGAGGCUGCAGUUAUAUAACUCGUUGCCGCAAAGAACUCCCCUAA